GUGUGAACGACGCUCUAAUUGUGGACAUUUCUAGCCUUGUUCUUCAACGGCUUGUCUAUUGGACAACGAUCCGUCAGCUCGAUAUAGUUCGGGGCGACGGCUUUUGUACAGCAUUGUUUCUUGACAUUCUUGCACUUCAUGAGCCUUGACGCAACAUUACGGCCUCUCAAAGGGGAUCUUCGACCUCUACUCGGUGGCUCAGACGGAUUGAAAAGCAGGUCUCAGAGUCCCCGAUCCAGUCCGUUAUACCAUCGGCCUCCAUCAUCACUGUUGCGCCGUCGAUCUUGGGCCUCCUUCUCAGAGCAGAACCAUCGCCUCUUUGAUAACAAGAUGUCAUUAGUAGAUACUGGGAAGGACGCUCAGGUCCUCGCUCUGCCCAUGUCCAAUCCGUCUUUUGAUAUGGCGUACUUCUUGAAGAACACGGGACCACCAACGAAGCCAGGGCCAGAACCAAAGACACAGCAGAAGAGGGCUGCUUCUCCUAAGACUGGGUUGAGACUGUUCAGGACCAACAAGCAUAGUCCUCGCACCCGGGUUCGCAGAGAAUCAAUCGCUCGAAUUCCCGCAGAUGGUCUCUUUAUUCCACAUGACGGUGUUGUUCAGAAAGUGUCCCAAGACGGGAAUAAGUAUCUUCAGAUCAUCCCGAACACGCAAGGGUUUGACCAAAGAUUGGUCGAUUCCAAUAACUUCAAAUACAAUCUAGCGGCCCCCACAACAUCCCUCUUCUCAUCCACGACGGAAGAAGCUGAUAUCGAUGGAUUUGAUAGUUGGCUCUCGACCCUAGAGAUGCAACAAGCGCAGUUCUCCGGGUCGACCUUACGAGCCACUGAUGAACACGGUCACGAAAACACUGAACCUGGGGAACAAGGAGCUCAGAGUCGAGGAGAGUAUGUGGACGUCUGCACUAGUCCUGGUGGAUCGACUGGCGUUAUGUUGAGCGAUGAUCGAAAUUCUAGCGUACCGACGCCGUCACAGUCGUUCGUUUCCGCCAACACUGAUAACCAGUCACUCAUGGAAAGCCAUUCCCUUCCGCGGAGCUCGGGAUCUAAGGAAGCUGAGAUGAAUAGGGAUAGCCUCAAACACAAAAUAAGCGCAUCGCACUUGGUGGAAAGACAAAAUGGGGAGCGGCUCGCAGGCCAAGGACUACGACGGCCCAGUCGCGAUCAGGCCUCAUCCCGAGCCAGUGAGGAUGGUACUGUUUCUACCAUCGAGCCUCCUCUUCGGGAUGGUCAGGAGCCAUUGUACCAAGUUGACGCAACACAUGAAAGCGCUAGCCGUUGCGAACUAUUCCGAGACGAUUCUCGCUCGGCGUCUAAUAGACAAACCCGGAAGAACCGAGAAGAGAAAAUCAGGGCUCGAAAGCUCCGAGAUCUGCGUCGAGUGCGUGACAGCAUCGAUUCAGUUAUGGCCCGGCCCCUUGACCUCACCAACAAGACUGAUGCGGCAACUGAGUCGAUUAAGAUACCAGAAAAAUCGCCCAAGAGGCUCGGAUUGUGUCUCGGUCUCCCAUUCGAAAAUAAACCCCGCUGUCCGGGUUACCAUGAUGCUUCCAUGACCCCGGACAGUAUUGGUGGGUUGGCAUUUACCACGGGACACGACUCGUCAGUCUUAGCCAUUGCUGAGAAGGCCACUGUUGUUCCCGCAAGAUCUCUCUCGACCUCGAAGGCACCGCAUAUCACUGCCUCAGGAGUUGAAAUUGCUGGUCCUAGGCCAUAUUGCCUGGCCCCAUCACGGGUUGAUACACCUCGCCCUGGUGCGACGUCCCCGAUCAACACUCUUUCCAGUUCACGCAACAGGCCUUCUCAGAAACAUAUAUCGUCGCCCAUCAAUGCCUUAACCCACCCCAGCGCCCAUUCGCACCAUCCCAGCCCCUCUGACCCCACCCAGCCCGGUGCCUGUGCAAGUAUCGGGACAGAGUCUCCACCACGUUCAUUGAAAGGUAGUAUCCUAGAUGGAGAGAAGGAUACAAAGAUUGAGCGUUUAGAGAGGGAGAAUCGUCUUCUAGAGGCAGCCUUGAUGGCUGUCUUACGGACGGCUGGGAGACUGAACGGAUGCCCUUGUGGUUCCGAUAACGAUGGGAGGGCAGGUGGCGUGCAGGUGAAGAAAGCGUUGGAGGCAUACUUAGAGACGAGAAGGUGGACGGAUUUUUCUGCUUGA